AAUGUUAUUCUAAUCUAAAGGUUUCCACCGGUGGAAUGCACCCCGUGACUCUAGGAGGUGACUGACACGCCUCCCAGAAUAGCUGUGACCUAGGAGACCUGCGGAGGGCCUGGUCCAGCUCGGAAACAGAAUCUGCUGCGGUGCCAUCAUGGGAGAGGUUGUGGAGCAGCUCUUCAUUUUUGUAGGGCUGCUGGUGUGCCUGGUCUACCUGGUAAAGUGUGUGAGAUUCUCCAAAUGUGUUUUCCUGCACUUCUGGAAAGUUUUGCCAAGGUCUUUCUUGAAGUCAAUGGGACAGUGGGCAGUGAUCACUGGAGCAGGAGAUGGGAUUGGGAAAGCUUAUUCAUUCGAGGCCUGCAUCAUGAUAGAUGCCAAUCCAUCUUGUGUUAAACAGACAAGGCAAGAGUGCACGAUAGGGAGCAGUGUGAAGAUUAUACAAGCGGAUUUUACCAAGGAUGAUAUCUAUGAGCAUAUUAAAGAAAAACUUAAAGGCUUAGAAAUUGGAAUUUUAGUCAACAAUGUCGGAAUGCUUCCAAGCUUUCUCCCGAGCCAAUUCCUUAAUACACCGGGUGACAUCCAGAGCCUCAUCCAUUGUAACAUCACCUCGGUAGUAAAGAUGACACAGCUAGUUCUGAAACACAUGGAAUCAAGGCGGAAAGGGCUCAUCUUGAACAUUUCUUCUGGGGCUGCCCUCUUUCCCUGGCCUCUAUACUCCAUGUAUUCGGCAUCCAAGGCUUUUGUAUGCACGUUUUCCAAGGCACUGCAAGCGGAAUACAAAGCAAAAGGAAUCAUUAUCCAGGUGAGGUGA